CAUGAUCUUAUCAUUAUCUUCGAACCCUAACCCUAAGGUCGUAUAGUCACUUCGGAGGUCACGGACUACCGGCCUUGAUCGUUACUACUCACUGGAAUUGGCACGUUUACUGCCCACGAGCCCAUUCAUGUUCCACAAGCAGUGAUUUCUCACCAACUACUCCAUAGCUCCUAGAAAUAAACCUUUCAAGUCCCAAAAACAUAAUGUCGACUCAAAGCUUUGAUCCCAACAAUGCUCAGAAUCUCAUCGAGAUAGAGAAGCAAUUUGCAGUGAAAGCGGUCGAACAUGCUCAGACAUACUGGAACCUGCUCGAGAAAGUUCCUCCGCGUGCACUCAAAUUGACAAAGCUUGACGACGAGAUAUACGAACAUACCAUGUCGGCGUUCCCUGAGUUCAACGAGGAAAAUCAUGUACAUCUUGUCAAGCUUGACGAGGACUGGCUCAAGAGCGACAUUGGAAAGAAGAAGUGGAGAGAGUUUUGUCAAGUGUAUGAAAAAAAAGUGAAAGAUUACAAUUUUGGGUCUCUCAUCCGCAUGGAUGCAAGACAAGAGUACGGGGAAACAAACACCAUCUUCGUCACCCGAAUACAGUUCUACGCUAUCGAGAUUGCUCGGAACCGACUGGGACUAAAUGACGGAGCACAUGAAAUUGCCAAGGCAGAUGUCGAGAAGGAGAGGUUGAAGAAGGAGAAGGCAGCGAAGAAAAACGGCACAUCAUAGCAUUAUCUUCGCAAGGCUAUAUACUACUCCUCAGUGUCAUGUAGCCUUUGUGAGUAACUCGGCUCCUAACGAUGGGGACCCUCUUGACGAACCUAAUUCACGAUAGCUGUAGAAUUCAUUACAUCUUUACGGGAUUUUCCAGGCCUAGAGCGUUUGCUCGUUCAUAUACAUCAGAUGAUGCAUAAUUCCUUCGUUCCUCGGUGGCAUCGAAGU